UCGGCUGAGACCGUCGUCGUCGUCGUCGUGCCCAUCGCGAGUCCAUCGCGAGUCCAACACAAAGUCGACGACAAGGGAACGAAGCAGAAACAGCCCCACUCCAUACGUCUCUGCUGUCUCACCGCCCAACCAGCUCGAGCCAACAGAGCACAAAGCACGAGGAAACGUUUACAUCCCCUGACCCUAACCCUAACCCUGACCUUGACCCUAACCCUGACCGGACUGGACCCAUGUAUGCAAGCGCAGAGGAUUUCCAGGAAGUGCUCGGCCAAGAGUCCUACGUCGACAUGGAUCGGCUGAAAGACCUCGCCGUGCACGGUAUUCCGGACGAGGUGCGCGCGGACGUGUGGCGGUACUUGCUGCGCGUCGCACAGCCAGACAAGUCGCAGGAAGUGACCUCCACACUGGCUCGCUCACAAGAGUACAGCGAGCAGCGGCGGCGCGACCAGCUGGACCUCAGUGCCAGCGACGCCAUCCCCGUGAAGCGCGUCCGCGGCGAAAUCAAGCGCUUCCAGGACGGCGUCGAGUUUUUCCAGCAGCAGUCCACCCAACGGCUGUUUGAGAACGUCGUGUCCGUGUUUCUGAGUCGCAACUCGGACUUGGCCGACUUUACUGGCAGCGUCGUGCCUCUGUGCGGGCCCGUGAUUUUCGCCUUUGAGGACAACGAGGCUGAGGCCUUCCACGCCUUCUCGCAGUUGAUGCGGCAAGUCCAGCCGCGGCUCCCUCCUCCCGCCACCAACAAGCUGGUGGCCGACCUGAUGGCCGUGUUUCGGGCGACGCAGUCUGAGCUGUACUCGCACUUUGAGCAGGAAGAGCUCGAGCCAAACGAAUGGGCCGUGCCCUGGUUGCAGUCGCUGCUCGCCAAGGAGCUGCCAUUAUCGUGCGUUGUGCGGCUAUGGGAUACGUAUCUUGCGCAGGACGACGGCUUUGCACUGCACCCGUACGUCUGCCUAGCCAUUCUUGCGUACUGCAAGGAGACCAUCGAGGAGCUCGAGUAUGCCGACCUGCUUGCCUAUCUGCAGCAUCUGCCCGAGAUGGACAUGGACCGAAUAAUUGCUCAUGCGCACAACAUUUGGCAUGAAGUUAUUUCUCAAAAUUUGAUGUAGUUUGAGGGGUGGUUGUUUUUGGUUGAUGUGAUUGGGCUUUGUGUGAUUGUUGAUCUGUUCGUAUGCGUGUGCACUGCUCGGUCGAUGUCAUCAUGUAACACUGUUACUGUUCUCAAUCUCAGUCGAGCUGAG